AUGGAUCAAAGUGGUAACGCCCUUUUAUUGAGAUUCAUUGAAUCUCAACACUUUAGUCUCUUCAUGUGCAUUGCCUACCUAACAAGAUAUGCUUCAAACAUUGGGAUCCAUCAUCAUCUUUGUCAAAAAUUGAGAAGUUACAAGAUUGAAGAUUUACAAUUCUUCAUUCCUCAAUUAUGUCAAAUAUUGGUUACAGUGGAAACUGAAUCCAUGGCUUUAGAAGAUUUAAUGUUGGAAUUAAGUACACAACAUCCUCAUUUCACAUUGCUAACAUUUUGGUAUUUACAAGCUCAUUUGACUGAUUUAGCUGAUAAUCCAAAUUCACAUAGCUUUCAAAGUGCAAGAAGAGUGUUAAACAAUCUACAAUAUAUCCUUUUCAACAUUGGGUCUCCACCUUCCAAGAAAUUCAGAGAAAACAUUGCACCAAGUGUUGUGUUAACUUCUGCUAUUGCUGCUAGUAUUGGAUUACCUCAAUUAAGUGAAUUUAUCGGUCCUGUUGCUAAAUCUCAAGGUAAAAAGCAAAAAUCAUUUGUUUUUGAAUUAGUUAAAAAUUUCAAAUCAAAAUUAACUGACAACUUGACAUUGAAAAAUACCCUCACAAACUCUGCAAAUUCAAGAUCUUCAUCUCAAGCUGGUGGUGUUACUUAUGAUACUAUUCGUAAAUCUUCAACUGAUGAAAGUUAUAGAAAAAAAUCACCAACAGAACAAAGGAAAGAAGAACUAAACUAUGACUUUGCACUAAUAGAUUCCUAUACAGAAAACGUUGUUGCUCAAGAUAAAAGACAUAAGUUAACAAAAGAUUUAUUGAGAGCUAAUUCUGCAUUUUAUGAACAAGGUAAUGACUUAUCCACUGCAUCUUCCCCAACAUUUGGUCAUAAUUUUGAUAAUGAACAUAAUUCAAUGUCAAUGCCUGAAUUACAACGUGCAAAUACUGGUCCUUCAUCCCCUCAAGGUUCAAUCACUUCAUCUCCUGAUAGAAUCUCAAAACGUGGUCGUCAAUCAUCAAGAACAUCUCAUCAUGGUGCCAAUAUGAGAAAUAUUUCGCCAGCAUUAAUGACUACCCCAGCAAAGAUAAAACUGUUGAAAUCAAAUUAUUUUAGAUGUGAAACUCAAUUUGCCAUUGCAUUACAAUCAAUUUCAGUUAGAUUAAGUCAAGUCCCACAAGAAGCUCGUUUAUCUUCAUUGCGUGCUGAAUUAUCAUUAUUAAAUAGAGAUUUACCUGCAGAAGUUGAUAUCCCAACUUUACUACCACCAAAUAGACGCGGUAAAUUACACAAGAUUGUUCAUAUUGCUGCUAAUGAAGCUGCUGUUUUGAACUCUGCUGAAAGAGUGCCGUUCUUGUUAUUGAUUGAAUAUUUAAGUGAUGAAUUGGAUUUUGAUCCAUCAACUGGUGAAAAUAAUAAAUUAUUGCAUGAAAAACCAAACAAUUCAUAUAUUUUUGACCUAGGUAUACAAACUUCAUCAACUCAAGUAUCUCCUCCACCAACUAGUUAUUUUGAUGAAAGACCAAAAGAAACAGAUCUGGGUGAUUUAUCAGUAGUUCAUAUUUCAAACAGAAAUGAAACUGAUAAUUUCCAAAACGAAAUGUUGAUUGCAUCUGCAACAAAUGUUCCAAUUAUUGAUAAUGAAGAAGAACGUAAUACAGAUUUGAACUUCAGUGCAAAUUAUAACAAUUUUAAUAUGAAUUCUGAUAAUGUUGAUACUUCAGAUUUGGCUACACAAAUGAGAAUCGCUGCAGUUAUGUUGUCACAAUUGGACAGUACCACAAAUACAUUACCUGUUGAUCAAUCUACUGCUAUCAAGGCCAGAAUCAUUUCCUCCAUGCAAUCAUUACAAGAUCAUUUCGGUUAUAAAGAUUUAGAAGCUAUUCAUGGUGCUGCUGGUGAGCGUAAAUUAGAAAAUGAUUUAAAAUUAGGUGGUGUUUCUGGUAAAAAUUCAACUGCUUAUCUAGGUGAAGAUUGGCAAACCAAAAGGGAGAGAAUCCGUAAAACAAGUAUCUAUGGUCAUUUGGACAAUUGGGAACUAUGUUCAGUUAUUGCUAAAACUGGUGAUGAUCUAAGACAAGAGGCUUUUGCAUCUCAAGUUAUUCAAGCAAUGGCAACUAUUUGGAAGACUACAAAUGUUCCUGUUUGGGUUAAACGUAUGAGAAUCUUGAUCACAAGUGCAAAUACAGGUCUUGUUGAAACAAUCACAAAUGCGUUAUCCAUCCAUUCGAUUAAAAAGGCAUUAACAAAACUUUCUAUAGAGGGUGGUGAAAAUCCAAAGGGAACAAUCAGUACUUUAACUGAACAUUUUGAACGUACUUUUGGGGAUCCGAAAUCAGCUAAAUAUAGAAGGGCCCAAGAUGCUUUUGCAAGCAGUCUUGCAGCUUAUUCAGUCAUCUGUUAUUUAUUACAGAUCAAAGAUCGUCAUAAUGGUAACAUCAUGCUGGAUAAUGAAGGUCACAUCAUUCAUAUUGAUUUUGGUUUCUUGUUAUCAAAUUCACCAGGUUCUGUUGGUUUCGAAGCUGCUCCUUUCAAAUUAACUUUAGAGUACGUUGAAUUGUUAGGUGGUCUUGACGGUGCUCCAUUCCAAAAAUUUAAAGAUUUAACUAAAGAAUCUUUCAAGGCAUUGAGAAAAAAUGCAGAUUCAUUAGUUACUAUGGUUGAAUUAAUGCAAAAAGAUAGUCAGUUACCUUGUUUCAAAGCUGGUCCUCAAACAAGUGUUCAAUUAAAACAAAGAUUCCAAUUACAUUUAUCAGAAACUGAAUGUGACGCAUUUGUUGAAAAUGUAUUGAUUGGUAAAAGUAUUGGAAGUAUCUACACAAGACUAUAUGACCAAUUCCAAUUGUUGACUCAAGGUAUUUACAGUUGA